CGAGGAAGGAGGACGCAAUCUCACUACCUUGAAUCUCUGCUUGAGAAAGCAUUUGGCAUUACAGACAAUUUGUUUACUAGAGAUUGGUCACCUUUUCUUUCUCUUCGGAGUCGCCUACAGUGUUGUAUCGCCAAUUCCGAAUUUAUCAUCAGUGGCAAGCGUAUUUGUCGUCGCGGUUGAGGCUUUUCACUUGCGAGAAUUCACCUCAUUUGGCCAGAGGAGACAGCAGACCCCUGCCGUUCCUUCCACGACGUCACCACAGAGUUGCUGACAAACCAGCACAUAGUCAUCCAAUACAGCCAAUCAACAGGAACGAGGCUCAAGACCCCACACGCGCGACGUGCAUUCGCAUUGCCUAGAGACCAUCAUUGACCAUUGCGUACUCGUAGCACCCGCACUCACAGCUUUGACUCAACUCCAAGCACACCUGAAAUUCGGGAUUUGGAAGAAUCCGCAGAACAAAACGGCGUCGCCGAUUCGCAACAUUUCUAUUGCACUGGAAUUUCUUGUCGGCCAAACAGAAAGCCGAGAGCAGCAGCAGCAGUCGUCGCAUGCGAAACCGACUGUUUGCUACUAAUCAUCAGCCCGAGUUUCUUUCAACCUCGAUCGUGAAGACGACAGCUGUAAGGCCUCCACAACCAUCUCCACACUUCUCACCCCCUGGGAUAGGACACAUGGUGGCAAACGAUGCUAAUGGAGUUGUUUCCAGUUGCGAAUCCAAAUACCAAGCUGUCAGCCUUCCAGGCCAUAGCUAGCGCGAGAAGCACGAGGAGGGGUUACAGGCGCAAACAGAACUAUUUCUCCGUCAGUUGUUGAAUCUGCAGCGCAGAGAGCUUCAUACAUUACAAAUUGUCCUCGCCGGGCGAAGAGCCAAUCUGAUCUGCGCCGUCAAGGGUGUCUCCAUUCUGCGGCAGGCCAACGAACAUCGAGAGUCUCUACUCUCACAACCAGCAGGCGAGAACAUCCCACACGCACUGUCAGAGUGACGGGGGUAAUUGAACGUCCGGUGGCGCGAGCUCUCAAGCAUUGCAUUGAGUCGGUGUAGAUUGUUGCCCACUUGAUAUCAAGGACUGGGUGGUCAUCUUACGCCUGGAACUGUUGAGCGCAACGUUGUUCUUCCUGCUUAGGCACCUCGAGUGAGAGUGAUUGAGACAUUUGCAACUUGUUUGCCGAGAAUACGGCAGGAGAAGGUCAUAGAAAGUAGAGUACAUCGACAGAAUCUGCCCCCUCUGGGUAGGCUUCGAUCGAAGAUUGGUCUGGUUGCGAGGCAAUCAACCAACUCAGGGAGACUGCGCGACAUUUAUAACCUCAGGAUUCCGUUCGCGUCCGAGGCCAACGUUGCUGAGUGACUGUAGAGCUAGGGAAAUAUCUGCACAGUCGACAGGAAUUCCAGGUAUCGAGGAGCCCCGGCUCGCAUACCUGAUCUUACCCUUUCAAGGGCCGGUAUCCAAAGAGGAGCGUUUGUGGCCUGUGGAUCCACCUCUGUUUAUUGGCUCUUUUGCCACAGAACCAUCCUAUUGCUGUCUGGUCAGCGUUGUAUCUGGCCGAUACAGCCCCCUCAGGAGCGGAAUUACACUUGCGUUCUGAUAGUGUUCUGGGGAUCCCCCUCUAAGUUCUGACUGUUGGAUUGUUCCCAACGUGGAUUUUCACCCUUUACAAAUCAUAAAUUGAACAUGACGCCUACUCCCCCUUCUACCACGUCCUCGAGCGCUGGAGGCAACUCCCCAGAUGGCCAAUAUCGUGUUGUGCGUAAGAGAAAUCGGCUCCCUCUGUCAUGUGGGCCAUGUAGGCACCGAAAGUGAGUGGUAUCCCACACUUGGGAAAUCAAGAUCUCCGGGCGCGCCGUAACACGCACACUGACACCUUACAGGCUAAAGUGUAACCGGUCGCACCCAUGUGAGAACUGGUAAGCUGGCUAUUUUUUUCUACUCUCCUCCAUUCUAAUUGUUCCAGUGGCCUCGUCUCCUCGAUGAGAGGAUCAAUUAUGCUAACUUUUCCAAGUGUACGAAGAGGAGAUGCUUCCUCUUGCUCUUAUGCUGCGCCCGGUUCGCGGAAGAAGAACCAAAGUCAAGGAGCAACCACACCUGAUGAUAUGCAAAAUCGUAUUGACCGUUUAGAAGGCUUAGUUCUUUCCCUGAUGACGAAUGGCUCCCAGUCGGCUGGUCCUGCUGCGGCAGCUGCCGCAAUUUCCCGAUCCCAGAGUGAUAGUGCAGGUUCCACUGGCCAUCCCCUUGAACUUGAACUUGAAGAUGGUGAUAUGAUCAAAGAAGAAGAUGAAGGUGAACAUAGUGAAGUUGAAGGUGUUACUAACUCUCUGGGCCUUCUCAAAGUUGAUCAAGAUAAGGGAAAAGAACUGUAUUUUGGCGAUUCGCAUUGGCACUCGGUUCUCAAAGAUGUGGGUUUUCCUCCUUAUCACCUUUUUUCUUGCACCCAAUUUCCAUACCUUCACGUUAUUUCGUGCUGUUUACCGAGAUCAGCGGGUUUGGCGAGGCUGUCGAGUUAUAGCCAAAGCAAAGCAAAGCUCUGAAAUAUAUACAGGACUUGGCAACCUCUAUUGGCAAUUUCGAGAAUCCUUUGCUGGAGGCAUUUGCAAGAAGCUUCUAUUGGUAUUGAAACAGGAUCACUAAUCCUUUGUACAGAUCAACGAAGUCAAGCAAUAUUUCGCCACCCACAAAAAGGAGCUUGAGAGCAACAUGGAAAAGAUUCAAAAGUCUAAACCAACAUCAGAUGACAAAUCACCCGCGUUUUUAUUCAACUCACAUGGACCAAUCACGGAUGGGGAUUUGCGGGGAGAAGUUCCAACCAAGUCGGCCGUGGAUAGGCUCGUAACCCGAUACUUCAACUCAUAUGAUCCAGCAGUUCAUAUCCUCCACUCUCCGACAUUUCACAAACAACUUCAAGAUCAUUGGGAAGAUCCAGCCAAAACCUCGAUACUAUGGCUUGGCCUUCUGUACUCGGUUUUAUGUCUGGCCAUGCAAUCCUAUAACAAGAUUGGGGACGAGCCUAUGGAAUGGAAAGGUCAGUCAUGAGAUAUAAGCUUUUUAGUAUAACUCUAACAUCCUGCCAGGUCGCACACGUGAAUUGGCUGCAGAAUAUCGAUUACGAACAGUACAGUGCCUUGUCAACUCUGACUACACGAAGUCGUCCAUUAAUACAAUUGAGACAUUGGUUCUCUACGUGCAUGGAGAGUACGCAAAUGGAGCAGAUUCCGAGCUUGGUAUGUGGGUCGUAGUUGGCAUCAUCGUCCGCCUGGCAAUGCGUAUGGGAUAUCAUCGAGACCCCGGCAGCUUUGCAGGAAUUAGUCCGUAUCAAGCUGAGAUGAGAAGACGUGUGUGGGCUUUUGUAAGACAAAUGGACACCAUGUAUUCCUUCCAGCUUUCUCUCCCAGGAAUGAUCAGAAAUUCGGAUUGCGAUUGCGCGUUACCGCGAAAUAUCUUUGAAGACGAAUUUGGACCCGAUUCCAAGGCGCUACCUCCUGCCAGACCCUUCACCGAGCCUACGCCUAUUUCAUACAUGAUUAUCAAGGCUCAAAUAUCCUUUGAAUUUGGCUCCAUCUUGGAAGAAAUUAAUGCCGUUCAAGGAAGCCCUAUGAGCUAUGAAGAGAUUUUGAAGCGAGAUACUCGGUUGAGGGAGUUGAAAGACAACAUGCCACCACACCUACGUCUACGACCUCUAGAGGAAUGUAUGCAUGACCCUGCUACAUUACUCAUGCAGCGGUUCAACCUCGAUAUUUUUUGGCAAAAGACUCUUUGCGUACUUCACCGAAAACAUCUUAUGCGGGCUCGACACAAUCCUCGUUACGCAUACUCACGCCGAGUUUGUGUCGAGGCAGCGAUGGAAGUUUUGCGUCAUCAAGCAAAACUUUAUCAAGAGUCUCAGCACAGUGGUCGUAUGAGAGCGAUGAGAUGGUUUAUCUCAUUUCUUACAAAGAAUGACUAUAUGCUUGCCGCGAUGGUCGUAUGUGUCGAUCAAUAUUACGAUAGGAUCGCUGAGUCGAUGCCUGUACGCCCAAGCGGCCACGACCUCUACUUCUGGACCCCAAGCCAGAAAGCUGAAAUGCUUUCAAGUCUUGAAAAGUCUCAGCAAAUCUGGGCGGAAUCAGCCGAAACGUCUAUGGAUGCAUACAAAGCAUCCAACGUCCUCAAAGUCUUACUUGACAAUGUCAGGAUUCCGUCGGGGAUAGAUGCAACCGCUGCUCCACAAGGCAUUCCGCAUUUCAACGAGGACAGCAUGAGGCCUGAGCAUUCUGCAGCAAUGACACUUGGUAUGCUUUCUGGGGGACUGACCCCGAACUCUACGGCCUUCCUAGGACCAGUCUCACAGUCUUCUGGUGGCACUAGAUAUCCUAAUUUGGAUACCAACAUGGCGGAAUCCACGGGGACGGGUCUUACACCAGCUUUCCAAAUUGAGAAUCCGUUUGCGUCUAUGAAUAAUUUGGACGCACCGUUCUCAUCCAUGUUUAAUACUUCCACUACAGGUGCUGGGUUCAUGGAUCUACCCGCCAACCUGGACUGGGUAUGUCAUUUCUUCUGGUCUCCUUUUUCCAGUAACCCUCUAUUUUCUUCCAUUUUUGAUAAUUUUAUGGAAUUUGUCUUACUAACUGAUUGCAAAUAGGGAGCUUGGGACUCAUUUAUGCAGAAUGGCGGCACGAUCGAUCCUGCAUUCAGUUUCUAUCCCACGAAUAUGGAUUCUGAUAUAUCUCCCGGCGCGGAUAAACAGCAACAGCAGGGAGAUCCGAAUCAGUUUGGAAAUGGAGUUUUUAUGGGGGCCAAUACUCCUGGUCGAUGAGGUUAUGAAAAUAUGAGAUGGUUUACGGCAUCGACCGUUAGGAUUUUGAUGAGGUCACGCAUUGAAUAGUCCUUGUUGUCUCUGAGGGAGUUGGGGAGGGGGGAAUGAAUAUAUGGGUUGAUCCAUGGAGUGAUAAAUGGACAGACAAAUGGGUACAGUACAGUACAUUUGAUUUGGGUUGGGAAGGAAGGAAAAAAAACAUCUCUCCACUUCCUUUUUCUCUCUUUUGUGGGGGUUCUUUGGCGUUCCGUUUGGGAUGGAUGGAUGGAAGAAUGAGUUUGUCUAUAAUACCCCCUUUAGCUAUCCAGCCAGAAAUUGAGAUA